AUGUCAAAAGCGAAAAUUGAUCUUGUGGAGGAAGUAAUAUUGGAUUUGGAGUACGAUAACUACCUCGGUCGCCUAACUGACAUUGAGAAGGAGGCUUUACAGGACGCCUGUGCGGUGCAAAAGAAUGUAGCUGGACGUCGGGACGCUUAUCAAAAGUCUCUCCUGUUGGCCUUGGGCAAAACGCUUGGGAAGGAGGCCCAACAUCUGGCCUCCCAAGCAGAUUGUGUGGAAGCACAAAUCCAUCAUUUACUUAUGCAGCCUUCUAAGAAGGCUGCGGACUUACGGAGCGCCUAG